UCUCUGGGUCCAAUCUCCCCGGGCUCCUUCCCCCAGGGCGGUCCCCUCCCUCUCCCCUUCCCGCCCCUCCCUUCUCGUGCUCUUAGAGACCAAACCCCGCUGCCCAUUGACGCUGGCCCCUGCCCCCGCGGUGAGGGCUCCAAAAUGACGAGGGCACAGAGCUGGUAAGCCGUGCGGGGCCUGGGUACCCGCCCGGCCUCUCCAGGGGCUGUGUGGAUUCGGGGGACUUUGGAGCCGGGCAUUACGAGAGACAUUUCAGAGCCCUUGCCGACCUCACCAUGCCAGUGGCUGCCACCAACUCUGAGACUGCCAUGCAGCAAGUCCUGGACAACCUGGGAUCCCUCCCCAACGCCACAGGCGCUGCAGAACUGGACCUGAUCUUCCUUCGAGGGAUUAUGGAAAGUCCCAUAGUAAGAUCCCUGGCCAAGGCCCAUGAGCGGCUGGAGGAGACGAAGCUAGAGGCUGUGCGGGACAACAACCUGGAGCUAGUGCAGGAGAUCCUGCGCGACCUGGCGCAGCUGGCGGAGCAGAGCAGCACAGCGGCGGAGCUGGCCCGCAUCCUCCAGGAGCCCCACUUCCAGUCCCUCCUGGAGACGCAUGACUCUGUGGCCUCCAAGACCUAUGAGACACCACCCCCCAGCCCGGGCCUGGACCCGACGUUCAGCAACCAGCCCGUGCCCCCUGACGCCGUGCGCAUGGUGGGCAUCCGCAAGACUGCUGGAGAGCAUCUGGGCGUGACGUUCCGCGUGGAGGGCGGCGAGUUGGUGAUUGCGCGCAUUCUGCACGGGGGCAUGGUGGCUCAGCAAGGCCUGCUGCACGUGGGCGACAUCAUCAAGGAGGUGAACGGGCAGCCGGUGGGCAGCGACCCCCGCGCGCUGCAGGAGCUCCUGCGCAGCGCCAGCGGCAGCGUCAUCCUCAAGAUCCUGCCCAGCUACCAGGAGCCUCAUUUGCCCCGCCAGGUAUUUGUGAAAUGCCACUUUGACUAUGACCCCGCCCGAGACAGCCUCAUCCCCUGCAAGGAAGCGGGCCUGCACUUCAACGCUGGGGACUUGCUCCAGAUUGUAAACCAGGACGACGCCAACUGGUGGCAGGCGUGCCAUGUAGAAGGGGGCAGCGCGGGGCUCAUCCCCAGCCAGCUGCUGGAGGAGAAGCGGAAAGCCUUCGUCAAGCGGGACCUGGAGCUGACACCCACCUCAGGGACCUUAUGUGGCAGCCUUUCAGGAAAGAAAAAGAAGCGAAUGAUGUAUUUGACCACCAAGAAUGCAGAGUUUGACCGCCACGAACUGCUCAUUUAUGAGGAGGUGGCCCGCAUGCCCCCCUUCCGCCGGAAAACCCUGGUGCUGAUCGGGGCUCAGGGCGUGGGCCGGCGCAGCCUGAAGAACAAGCUCAUCAUGUGGGAUCCAGACCGCUAUGGCACCACGGUGCCCUACACGUCCCGGCGGCCCAAGGACUCAGAGCGGGAGGGCCAGGGUUAUAGCUUUGUGUCCCGCGCGGAGAUGGAGGCUGACAUCCGUGCUGGGCGCUACCUGGAACAUGGCGAGUACGAGGGCAACCUGUAUGGCACACGGAUCGACUCCAUCCGGGGCGUGGUAGCUGCCGGCAAGGUGUGCGUGCUGGACGUCAACCCCCAGGCGGUGAAGGUGCUGAGAACAGCUGAGUUCGUCCCUUACGUGGUGUUCAUCGAGGCCCCUGACUUUGAGACCCUGCGGGCCAUGAACCGGGCUGCGCUGGAGAGCGGAGUGUCCACCAAGCAGCUCACGGAGGUGGACCUGAGACGGACAGUGGAGGAGAGCAGCCGCAUCCAGAGGGGCUACGGGCACUACUUCGACCUCAGCCUAGUCAACAGCAACCUGGAGAGGACCUUCCAUGAGCUGCAGGCUGCCAUGGAGAAGCUGCGGACCGAGCCCCAGUGGGUGCCCGUCAGCUGGGUGUACUGAGCCUGAUCACCCAGACCUCGCACCCUCUGGGUUGUCACCCAGAACCCUGAAUCCAUCUCUUUCCCAUCCGUGACCCCCAGCCACAACCUUAGCUCCCAUCCCUGGCCCUCUGGCUCUCCCUGGGUUAUGGCUCCUAGCGGGCCCUAAGUCUGGCUUCAGCGCAGAGACAUGCACUGCCGGGGAGGUGGGUGUUCAUGGGGUACCUCUAUGCCCAGGUGCUGCCCACUCCCAAUGUCCAUGGACCACCACAUGUCCCUCUCUGAGGGCCAUCCUGCACCCAGGAGUGUGUCAGAGUCACCUCCAUAAUGCUCAGUCCAGAGAGAAAAACUGCUUUGGGACCGUGUGGUCAGUAGGUUCACUGCCCCCUGCCAUCUCUCUCCAGUCACAUUUUCUCCUCUGGACUGGACACACCCACCCUAUUUCUGGGCUCCUCCCACCUCACCCCUGUGGCCUAGGAGCAGGCCUUAGGCUGUUUCCAUGUGGUCAGGGGAGUGUGUGGCCCCCUGGCAGCCAAGCAGGCCCGGGCAGUGGUGCCAGCCUGAUGCCAUCCUGAAGGCUGGGAGAUCUAAAGCACCAGCCAGUUGUCACAGCCGGGAGGUAGUGCAGCUCUCAGUGCCCUUGGACUGGGGCGGGGUCCCAUGAGUGGACACUGCCCUAUCCUUCCCUCAUCCACAGCUUUCACUGCCGAAGUCUCUCCACAGACUUCUCCAAUGUGCCCCUGAGAGGUCGGCUCUGCUCCCCGCGAGACUAGGCCACAGGGAUCAGCAGGCUCGGCCCAGGUAGGGGAGGGUUCAGGGCUGAGCCCUGUGACGAGGAGCCUGCUACCACUGACCGAGGAGCCCCAAGCUCUCCAUGGCCCGUGGUGGGGGCACGUCUGGGCUUCUCCAGCCCGUUUGUCCAUUUUAGUCUUCUCUCUGGCUGGGUCCAGGUGGCCCACUCACAUCAGGGCUGUGUGGGGGGCUGAGGAGGGAUGCGGAGGGAACCUUGUGAGCCGUAGGCUGUGGAGCAUGGGCUUGGCGAAGGACAUUUGUGCUCUAGCAGGCUCCUUGUUGCACAACUCCAGGGGGCGCCAUCCACACAAUUUCUGCAGCUUCUCCGCAUGCUGCGGGGCCCGGUCUGUGUUUCUGUCCCUGGUGUGUGUGUGUCAGGCUUGGUUUUUGGAGAGGAGAACCAAAGGGUUGUUUUGCUUUGGAGGUCACUCUUUGGGGCCUCUUUUUUGGGGUUUCCCAUCAGCUCCCAUUUCUUAUGAGACCCUUGUCCCAGAUUCCAGAGGCUUGGCCCUCCCCAGAUAUCUUCCUCCAGCUCUCCUGUUGUCGUCUGACCCUAAAUGCCACCCUCCAGUUUUGGGGGAGGGCAGUUGUGUAAACUAGGGGAAUCCCUUUUAAGAAGAGAAUGCUGUCCUAGACUUCGCCAGGCAUCUCCUCCCUCCUCCUCUCUGAUCCUUCCUGGGACGAACCUGCCCUUGCAGGCGACCCCCGACGCCCCAGCCCCUGUGCUUCCCAGUUCUGAGCGUCUCAUCUGUCUUCGCUGCAGUGUCAGCCCAAGCUGGCUCCUGAACCACUGUGUGCCCAUUUCCUAGGGAAGGGGAGGGAGAAGAAACAGAAUAUUUAUUACAAAGGUAGAAAUAUAUUUAUUAUAUUAGGGAUCUCAUUUGCAUUUGCAUAGGAUAUGCAAAUGAGAUGUAAAGGUUAAGCCAGCUCCCAUCUCAUUUGCAUAGCUCUGCAUCCACUAUGCAGUCAUCUUUAUACUUGUCUUUUCCCUCUAGUCAGUGUUCUUUUAGUCUCAGUUCAGCUCUCCCUUGCAUCACCCUCGCCUUCAGUCUAAGGGGACUGGGAGUGGGAGGAAAACGGGGUGUUUUCCUGCUGGUCUGAUGCCACAAUGUCUUUUGUCAGUUCCCACCUCACCUGGGGGACUUGGGAGUAGAGGCAGCAAGGAUCUGCUGUUGCAGCCACUCCCUUCCCCUUGGUUGACCUCCAAAGCCCCCUGACCACAAGGCCAUCCUCUCGGGUGGGGGUGGGGGAGCCAGGCAUUGGGGGUGGGUACCUUGCUGGGCAGUUGGCACUUGGCCCUAUAGAGCCAAUCUCCAGUGUUGAUGCUGUUCUGGUACCCUCACCUCUAGAGAAGCCCAGGGAAGGGCUGGGCCGCCUCCUGUCUCCAUCCCUCUCUGGACUGCAUCCUCCCCUGCCCAAACCCCACUCCACGUUGGAACAGUUGUGUGUGCCCACUCACCAUGUUAGCUCCCUGACUCUAUCCUCCCUCCUCCCAUGUGGACGCCUGUAUCUGAGGGACCUCAGGUUAAUGAGGACCCUGCCACCCACUGUCCACACUCAGUCCCAGCCCGGUUGCCCUUCCCCUCUCCCCUCCCUCAGCCGUCCAAUUCUUGAGCUUUCUCUCUGACUGGUUUUCUUUCUUUUCCUUUGAUUAAAUGUGAAAGCAAAGGCUUCUGGGCUCUGUUUGUCUUUGGUUGGGGUUGGGUGGAUGGUUUCGGGGAAGGGUGAGAGCCAGGAGCACAGCACAGAUGAUUCUGGAAUGGAAGUCAGGGUGACAUGUCUUGUGUUCUGUAAUGUCUUCUGAAAUUUCCUGCCUUGCUGUUCCACCCUCCCCAUCCUCAGAAGAUGCUCUUUCAAAAUGCUUGUAUCCAGGAGUCUAUGAGAAUUUUGGGGGGCCGGGGGACCCAGGGAUUCCAUGGCUAAUUCACUCACCUUCUCCUGGAACUUGCUGUGUGGCCUUCAGCAAGUCCCUCUACUUCUCUGGGCCUCAGGUUCAUCCUCUGUAAAGUGUCAUGGACUCUCCCAGUGCAAAUGCUGGGAUUGGUUCUAGGUGCCCAACAUUGGUGCCAUAGAGAGCUGUCACCAUGGGGGUGCUUGUGUGUGUCAGAUCUUGUAGGUUAAGGGGUCAGCCUGCCUUCCCACCUUGACUUCUCCCUGAACGCCUGCUGCGGGUUCUCAGGAGGGGCUUUGGCUGUGCCCUUCUCUCUGUGACAACCAAAUGUGGAAAUGGCCCCCUUCCUUUGAUCCCCCCAGAGCAUCCACUCACACAGGGACGAGCGUGGGGCUGACUUCACUGGUGACGUGGAGGCAGCCAUAGGGGCUUAUGUCACCCACCUAACAGCUCAGAUGAGAUUUAGAAUUAAAUAUUAAAUACCCCAAUCUCAAAUGUCCCCUGACCAUUCCCAGAAUGUUUUCCUGGUCAGUUUUUCUCCUUAGGUCUUCCUGCCUCCCUUCGUAUUGCUGGGCCCUCUCCUGCUUUCUUCUCUCAUUUCUGGACAACCUUCUUCUCAUCUCCUGGGGCAGCCCCCUGGAAAUUCAAUAUUUUUUUUACUAUGCCUAGCAACUCUGCACUUGAACCUUUGUCCUAAUUCAGUGGUUCUCAAUCCUGGCUGCAUGUGAGAAUCGCCUGAGGGGGUUAAAAAAAAUACAAUUGCAUGGGCUAUACUGCAGAUCUAUUAGGUCAGAAGUUCCAGAAAGGCUAACUGCUGUAACUAACAACCAUAACAUCUCAGCAGCUUAACACCUUUAGUAUUCAUUUCUUGCUCACAUCACAUCUGAUAGAGAUUGGGUGGCACUCCUAGCGGUGACUUCGGGAUCCAGCCUCUUUCCGUCUUGUGACACCAUGAUCUUUAAGGAGCAGGCUCCACAGGUGUCAUGGAA